AAAAAAAAUCAAAUAAAUAAAAAUGUAAAAUAAUAUAGAAAUACAAAACAUAUCUAAUUUUAAUGUCUUAUCUUAAAAACUUUAAGGAGAAAACUAAAUUUUAUCAUUUUUUUUAAGAAGAUUUGCUUGUGAGAAAUUAAAUGAACUAUAUAAAUAGAAAAAGGCUUAAAAUGAUUCUUAAUAAAAAUAAUUUUGUGAUAUAUUAAAAAAGUGGCUUUAGGAAUUAGAAAUUACAAAAUAAAGUUUAGGGCAAUAAUUAUUUUCAAUUGAAAAAAAUAAGCAAUAAGUAAUAUAAUACAUAACAACCAAUAUUUACAAUAAAGCUUAACAAUAAUUCUAAAACUAAGAAUAUAUAAAUGAUACAAUUUAAAAUUUUUUUAUGGCAUAAAAAUGUUUUGAAAUGUUACAAACAUUUGGUCCUUUAGGAAAUGAUAUAAUAUAAUUAAUUAAUGAUUGCUAAUAAAAAUAAAAUCAAAUUUAAAAUUUCAUUUAGAAUCCACAUUUAAUUUAGUAAAAACCUUAAAUUAAAGAUUCAAUUUCUUUUUCAACUUAAUAACAGCUAUAAUAAGUAAAUUUUAGUAAUUUUUAAAAUCCUUAAGUUUAAAGUCAAAAUAAUAAUUGCUAAUAAAAUAUAAAUAAUCAAAAUUUUAAUGAUUAAGUUAUUGGAUCCAACUAAAAUAUAUAAGUACACUAAGACUCUAUUUAAAGUAAACUAGCUAUGAGCUAAAUAACAAAACAUGAUAAUGAAUCUAUAAAUAGAAUUCUAAAAUAUAAUCAAGAAAAAGGUAUAUAUUUAUAAACUCCGAAACAAACAUAAGUUGGAUAAACUUAAUAACCUUAAUUUGUAUAAGAUUCAAAAGUUUCAUAAUAAUAAAAUAAUUAAAUUGUAAGCAUUUUUCAUAAUAAAUAAAUAUAACCUCCUUUAAUUCCUUUAAAUAAUGAUUUCAGUGUUUAAAGCGAUAACAUUACUAGUGGAGGAGAUAUCAAUUUUUAAUCCUAAAAAAUGAAAAAUUUUGAAAAUGAUAAUUUUGGAACACCUGGAUUUGAUAUUUCUAUGGGUUAAUAAAAAGACAUAAUUUAAUUAUAAGAAGAACAAAAAAAAAGACAGUUAAUGUAAUAAUAAUAAUUAGAACUUCAAAAAUAAUAAGAGGUAUAAAAUUAAUUAGAACUUUAAAAACAAUAAGAAAUUUAAAAACAAUAAUAGCUUUAAAAAUAAUUACAAAACUUAAAAGUAUAAAAUGAAGCUAAUGAAAUAGUUAAGGUCGGAAUUAAAGGAACUGGUGUUAUUAAAUCUAAGGCUAUAAAACUAUGCGAAAAUGCCAUUAGUUAAGUUAAUUAAUAUAAUCUGGAGAAAGGUAAAUAAUUAAUUAAGGAAGCUAUUGAUUGUUUGGAAAAUAUUUAAAUUAAAAAUUAAUGA